AUGAAGGGGAAACGCCGACGAUCCGAAGAGGCCGCUAUUCGGCAUCGCCAACGGUAUAUGGAUAUAUUGAAACGUCGUAACAUGUCGGCAGUGGCUGUGUCAGCAUCGCAUUUUCCUAAACCUUCCCACGCGACCGUCGCUCCACAAUCUUUGGAUGACCGACGUCCCAUAUGCAAAUAUUACUAUCGCACCGGCAAUUGCGUCCAUGGUUCUGAUUGUAAUUUUUCACAUGACUGCAUUCCCCUUACAUCUAAGGAGCUGAAAUUGUGUCGAUACUACCUCCGAGGUCCAUCUCAUUGUAUGUAUUCGGCGAGUGAAUGUAAAUAUUCUCAUGACCCUGGAUUGUUUCUUUGUCGGAACAAUGUGAUAUGUGGCGAAUGUAGCAACGAGUCGCAUUGCAUUUUUAAGCAUUUGGAUGCAGCGUCUAUGGCAACACUUGAUGAUGCGGAACGGCUAAAGUUUUGUUACAACAACAAACGUUUUUUGACAGAGUUGUUGCUACGUUAUGUCAAUGGUCAACCGACAGUGACACCAUCUGAAGUAAACAUUGGAUCAUCUCGCGAAUUCCCUGAUGACGAUGUAAUGCCUCAAAUUUUGGCUCUUAAAGAACCAUUUUUGGAGAGGUUACCGUGGUACCUUCAACUUGUACACACACUUCUGUUACGUGACUAUGAACUAAAAGAAAAUGAAUAG